AUGGAUCGGAAGAUUUUGCACUUAAUAUUUUCCCUUGCGGUGGGAUUCCUGUUUUUCUUCGCCAUUGGCUAUGAUGGUUGGGGCCCUGGGGGGCAGCAUUCUGACACUAUGACAGGUGCCCUCCUCUUAACAACUGGUUUCGUUGUGCUCAUAGCAGGCAUCGUUCUCAUUCGCCUAAUCUUGUCUGACUACGCCUGGAUCGCGAUUGUAGCCUGUGCAUAUGUAUUCAUCUCCGCCUUUCUCUCGAUUGUUGGUCUCUGCUUCUAUGCGAAAUCGUCCCAUAUUUGGUCGCCUAUCAUUGGCACCGCUGCAACGACACUCACGGUUGUCCUGUCCAUCAUUCUCAUCUUCGAUCUGGCAUACAAACACUUCACCUUCACCAAAUUUUUUGUCUAG